AUGACGGGUGCCACAGGCUCUAUCAUAGGAGCUCGGGCCCUCGAAGCUCUUCGCAAAUUGGGCGUCGAAACACAUUUGAUCAUGAGCAGGUGGGCAGAAGCAACACUCAAAUACGAAACAGACAAAUACACUCCGUCGGACAUACGAGCGCUGGCAACGCACAACUAUUCGAUAAAAGACGUAUCAGCACCCAUAUCAAGCGGUUCAUUCGAAACAGACUGUAUGGUUAUUGUACCAUGCAGCAUGAAGUCUUUGGCAGCCGUCCGGAUAGGGUACGCAGAUGAUCUCAUUUCUCGAGCAGCCGAUGUCGUCUUGAAGGAACGACGACGCCUUGUCCUUGUUGUACGCGAGACUCCCUUGAGUACCAUUCAACUAGAGAAUAUGACAAGCCUGAGCCGCAAUGGGGCCAUUAUAUUCCCGCCAGUUCUGGCCUUUUACACAAAGCCUGAGACACUAGACGAUGUCGUGAACCAGACUGUGGGAAGGAUCCUGGAUAUGUUCCACCUGGACACCUCCGGGUUUGAGAGAUGGAAUGGCAUGAAGUGGAAGUGA